CACUAGCUCACACCACUGUUAGCAGUUUAUUAAAUACAUCUUUUCGUCAGUUCUCUUCAUAAUUAUUCCAACAUACCUUCGUUGCAGUACGCUCCUCUUGGGGGUAGCUUUGCCCCAAUGGAUGAAGGCUAUUCAACAUGGACUGGUUUACUGUACGUUUUCAAUUUAAUUGUUGGGACUGGAGUGUUGACUCUACCGCAUGCAUUUGUCCAGGCAGGAUGGGUCUUUGGAAUUCUGCUUCUCUCAGCACUCGCUUUCACAAGUUAUAUGGCUGUAACAUUCGUCAUAGAGGCAAUGUCUCGGGCCAAUGCUGUAAAAAUGACACUAAGAUUGCGCCAUCUUCAGAAAUCCAAAGCAGCCUUUUUGAAGCAAAUACAAGGAGACUCUGACGUAAGUGUGUCGGGGGAUGAAGAAGGUGAUCAUUCAAGGAUACCUCCUGAAACAUCUCCCUUAGUUCCGAAUGAAUAUAUUGAUAAAUUUCCAGCUGCACCAAGAUCACUUUUCUCUGUUGAUACUAAAGUUGAAAUGGUGGAAAUGGCUGAGCUCUUCUUUCCUCCAUGGGGCAAGGUCUUCUUUUUUAUAAAUUUCUGCCUCUAUUUAUGUGGAGAUUUGACGGUCUAUGCAGCAGCAGUUGGAAAAUCUUUGGUUGAUGUCUCAUGUAUGACCACCUCAAUAAACUCAACUCAUCCUGACAAUGAAUUGUGUUGGGAAGGGGCAACCAUCACUAGAAGAGGAGCUUAUGCUAUAUUUUUGUUGCUAUUCGUGCUUACUCUUGGACCGUUCGCCUUUUUUAAUGUUCAGAAAACGAAAUACAUCCAGAUGUUUACUACCCUCAUGAGAACGCUUGCUUUCAGUGUCAUGAUUGUGCUGUCGGUGCAAAGAAUCAUAGACCCCACACAGGAUCAUGGCUCCCCACCUGUCGUACGACCUGCUGGGAUGCCUGCUUUAUUCGGCGCAUGCAUCUACUCCUUUAUGUGCCACCACUCGUUACCAGCUCUCAUCACACCAAUCAAAGACAAGAGCAAGCUAAGCCGUCUUCUUUCUUUUGAUUUUAUUCUCAUUCUGACAUUUUAUUUCAUCCUCAUCCUUACAAGCAUUUUUGCUUUCCCCAACAUUGAGCAACUUCUUACACUGAAUUUUAGACCAGAUUUUAACACUAAGCUAGAUCUAGAAAUAAUCGAUUAUUUUCUGAUGUUAUUCCCUGUUUUAACAUUAAGCGCCAGUUUCCCUAUCAUUGCUAUCACAUUAAGAUACAACUUACAAGCUGCAUCGGUUGGAGAGGAUGGCCCUUGGGUGGUGCGCAGGUUAGUUCUUCCAACAAUCGCUGUAACCGUACCUAUUAUUGUCGCGCUUUUAUUCACAAAUAUUGAAACAAUUGUUGGCAUUAAUGGAUCUUAUGCUGGGGCAGGAAUACAAUAUGUUAUUCCUGUGUUUCUACUUCUUAGAUCUCGUGCUUUAACUCCAGAAGCCCUCAAAAAUGAAGUAAAUCCACAUCAAUCGCCAUUCAGUUCACCAAUUUGGCCGCGUGCUCUUCUUUUGUGGGCAGUUUGUUGUGUCAUUUUUGUCUCGGUGAACCUAGCUGAUAAGUUUCUGAACGUAUCAGUUUUUUAAGUAAUUGAGUGAUACAUUCCCCGUGGAAUUAACUUUUUCCAUAGAGGAAUUUUGUUUUGAAUUUCUUUUCACAUUUCACCAGUAUUUCCUUCAGAGUAAUGUACUGAUAUACAAUAUCACCCUAUUGUUGGAAUUUUAGUUGAAAGCAAUUUUAGAAAAGAGGUAAGUAUAAAUACAUAUUUUGGAUUUUCCAAUAUUUUACUGAAAUUUUCUGAUUUUAGCUUUGAUCUAUAUAAAUUUUAAAACUUUCUGUUCUUAAUGAAUAUCAUGAAGUUUUGCGCAGAAGUAUGUACGCUAAUUUUUAGAGGGAUGAAGCUAGUGCUCAAGAUGAAAAGAAAAAUGUAAUUUGUGAUUCCUAAUUUAGUUACCCUCUCUGAUUGUAAACUUGAGACUUACUUAAUUUUGAAGCUUCAACAUUUAUUCAAUGCAAAGACACGAUGACCGUUAUCACGAUAGUAGCAACAAAGGGGCAUUUUAUUUUGUUUUGAAUACAAAAUUUCCCUAUCACCUAGGUGAAAGCCCCCGAGACCAUUAAUUUUUCUUCCAAAAGAUAUGAUUUUGAGCUGACAAUAAUUAAUCUGUAAGGUAGUUGAGGACUUCCAUAUUGCAUUAUUAUCAACUCAGCGAACACUCCAACUUUUCUGCUCCCUCUUUGGCAAAGAAACUUUGCAAGAAUUCAGCAAGAUGCCGCAGUGUUAAGAGACUCAUAGAUCAUGUAGUAAGAAUUCAUGCAGAGGAUAGAACUGAAUACGGAUCUCAGUAGUUACUGUCUAGGUUGACAAAAGUUGGGGAUUUUAAGUUAUUAGAGAAAACUUUGAAAUAUCUGAGCACUCAUCUGAAAACAGCUAAAAGUCAGAGAAAACUGACAGAUGCUUUUCAAUGAUGUUUAAUCUUGCUCUAUUUUAAACUUUGAAUAAUUUGAUCAAUAGUUCUGUUUGACCACCUUUCUUUCCAAAUUCAAGGAAAGUUCAAGAAUUAUCUUAAAAUUGGUCAUUAAUGUCGGAAAAACGUUCAGGAAUUUCAUCUCUGCAUUGCUGUGUUGAUGUUUUACUACCGCCGUGGUAACUGUCAUGUUUCUUUUAGUGUAGUGUUUUUUCUUGCCCACCUUGAUUUGUGGUUACUCAUUUUUUGUGUCCAAAAAAGAGGUAAUCCCUUGUAAGGAUUUUUAAUUUUACUGUUGUACAACUAUCAUAUUUUAGAAUGUCUGUCCAUUCUUAUCUCUUAUGAAUCUCCUAAAAACAAAAGAACUACUUAAGAUUUCAAGCCUCUGGUAUGGAAUUUACUUGUUUUUAAUAUCAUGGACCAAAGCUCUCGGCUCAUUGAAAUGAUCUGUGUCUCAUGUAUUCAUUCGAUCAUGUUGUAUUUUGCGAAAUAUUUAUUUUAACACUUUGUGCUAAUAAUAACCAGCAAAAUAUUCCUCUUAAAUGUUUCUUAGAGUCCAUAAGUACUUUUUUCUUCAGAUAAUGUUUCAAAGCAAACUCGUGUGGCCUGGUCACAAAAAAGUGAGCUAAAUGACUCUAUUUUAUUAUUAUUUUCAAGCAUAAUCUUUUCUUAGAUUUUCUUUUUAGUAUUAAGUUGUGAUAAACUUGUGAUGUGAUUGCAUUAAUUCAAUAGACUGAUUGAAACGCAUAUUAUUCCUGAUUAUGCACAAAUGUUUCAGUUGGGACACUACUGUACUACCAUUUUUGUGAACUAAAAAUAAUUAACAACCAGGCUCUGUACUAGUUUGAUGACAACAAGGCUUUCUCGUCAUAAAUUUUUCAAUUUUUGUUUGCAAAUAGUUUUCAGGAUUUUUAGUCCUCUAAAGUGAUAUGGAUUUUGGAUCUAGUGAAUAAUGAGGUUACACAUUCCAAAAAUUGAAAAACUCAAAACGCAAAAAAACAAAAAAUGUUCGUUUUUUAUUUUCCUCUAGGCUAUUGUAAUAACAGGGAUUGUAAAGUCAAGUUCUUGAAGGGUCACAAGUGUCCUUAAUUAUCUUUCUUUCUCCCUUUCUUAAUCAUUUUUCAAUGAAGCUGCAAUUUUUCUACUUUCAAACUACUAGUAUCAUCCUAGUGUUGCCCUGUGAUUUAAACUUGUAAAUAUUAAUAUUGUUUAUCUUUUUAUGGAAAUAGCAUCUAAGUAAGUUUUAAUUUUUUAUCUUUAAUGAUUGAAAACUCAUUUUGAUAUCUGUGUGUAUUUUAUGCUCUAAGAUUUCUAGUGUGUCACCAGAGGUUUAAUAAUUAUUAGUUCCUCAGCCCGAAGUCAGGUUAAAUCUUCUGUCAUCUCACUUAGUGCUUUUACUUCUCUACUCAACCUUUCUCAUUGUUUCACCUUUUCAUUUAUUUCUAGUUUCUAAUCAAUGGAAGCUCAAAAUGUUUGAACUUGGAUUCAUCAGCUUGGAGCGAUUCUUAUUUCUUUUGGCAGACAUUUAUUUUAGGAGGAAGUGUGAAAUUUUAAACAUGUGCCUUUACAUGACUUAUUUCCGGUUAUAGAGGAGAGCUUCUUUCUCGUAAUAUUCUCCUCAACUCGCACUGGCUACAAAACUCUAAGGUUAUUUUUUUUUGUUCAAACGAAUUUCAUCACAUCGAAAUUUUUACUUGUUGUUUUAUCUUUGUCUUGGGAUCAUCAUAGUAAUAAACGAGUUUCUGAUCUUUUUAAUUAUAUCAAUUUCUCGGCUCAAAUUUUCAUCCCCACCAAUAAUUUCCAGUAUAAACUCACGUCAAGGUCCAGAAUGUGGUAUUCCUUACUCAUAUCCAGUUUCAUCAGAUUUGAUGUAUAAUAAAUUUUUACAAGAGCUCUCAUACCUCUUAUCAUUUUUUUGUUUCAUUAUUUUAUGCUAAUUAAUUCCAAUGAUUUCAAUUGUUAUGCUUAAUCUAAAGUAAUUGUUCUGUUAUUUAUUACCAAAUUUUAUUUUUUUUUAAUCCACAUUUUAUUUAUAGUUUUAUUCAUAUUGUCACUUGAUACAUUGAGCCAAAAUAUGUGAUGUUAAAUUAAGCACACGAUUUCACUUCAAAAUUAUGUUGUAGGUAUUUAAAAUAAGAACUUAGUACUUACUCUCAUACUUUGUUCAAGUUGUAUGAGGAUUGACAGAAAUGUUUUAAUUCAUCGGUGGAAGUUGAAAAUGACCUGUAAUAAAACGUAAAACCGUUUAUUUUCUCAUGGAAGGGUGGCUUAAAAGCUUGUAAAAUGUAAUUCCUGAGGCCAUUUUCAUUGCAACGUGCUGCUCUCUUGGGUCGUUUGAGUUUUUUAUCUUUAAUUUUCAAAAAAUUUACAAAGUUUUAAUGACAUCAAUUGGUCUUAUUAAAAACAUAAAUUUGAAUUUUUUGGAGCUCAUAGUUUAUCAGAUUUUUCUAACUGUGGGUAUCUAAUCUAAAAGUUUUAGCACAUGACAACCUUUUUUUCUAUGCCCUCAGAUGUUAAUUAAUUCUCAUCAAACAUGUAAAACAAUCACCACCUACUCAAACUUAGAAUUUUUCUCUACAUUAUCAGUGUUCAACAUUAUCCUGGUAUGUGAAUGUGAAUAAAGCUAUCAAUAUUGAGCCCCGCA